UUUGCUGCAGCUCCAUUCUCAGGUAAACUGCCUCCCAUCGUCUUUGCCAGACGCUGGCACCAAUGCAGAGCAUUCUCUUUGCCGUGUUUCUAUAAAGACUUGAAAAGAGCCAACACAGCCGGCUUCUCACGGCAUGUCAUAGAGUGGAGGGGCUCUCGAGCCUGAAGGCCUUAGAAGAGAUGUCGCACUCUAUGAUCGCCACAUCCGGUCCCCCGUUACUAUGGUAACAGCUGCAGGCACAACUUCGUGCCCUCUGACCUCCCCCCAAAGGUCCUUGUCCCACUUAGGUUUCACUUCCCGCCUGCGCUUGCACUUAUGAUCUGUAAACCUGCUCCUUAUUUUCGUUCCCACGAGGCAUUCAGGUAGCAUCGGGGCGGCGCCCAGAACCCUUCAGACCGCCCCCCGCUCCACAUGACCUCUGACCCUGCCCCCAGUGUAGCCCAGCAACCUAGCUUCAUUCCUGGGACGCUCAAUCUUGGCUUUCCACUAAGGUCAGGUACCCGAGUUGGUGAGGUAGCUUCCACGCGUCCAAGCUUGCCUCUCUCUGGACGCUGCCCCAAUCCCGCCCUCCGCUCCGCCGCCCCCUCCAGAUGAGUGGUAGCUUCUCCACGGCGCGCAUGACACGCAUCCCCCCUCCUCCAAACGUGAGUUGGUAGCGUCCGUGACGAAGUUAGCCCGAUCCUCCCACGCGCGCCUCCUUCCUUGCCGCUGCUGCGCCCUCUCAGUGCCGCGGAUUCUCCUGUGCGGGUAGCCCACCCCACAUCAUCCUCUCGCCUCACUCCCAGAGGGUAGUGACUGAAUUUCCCCGUCCGCAUUACACCCGGACUGCCGCGGCGAGUCGGUAGGACCCGCCCGCUGACGUCACCUAGCCCCGCCCCCUCUAGGGUCCCGGGCCCUUGCGGCUGGGGCUGCCCAAGGGGAGUCAGUUGAGGCGGCGGGAGCUCGGCGGAGGGCGGGCCAGGUGGCUGGUCCGGGCCAUGCCGAGGAAGAAGCCCUUCAGCGUGAAGCAGAAGAAGAAGCAAUUGCAGGACAAACGGGAGCGGAAGCGAGGGCUUCAAGAUGGACUGCGCUCCAGUUCCAACAGUCGCAGCGGGAGCCGGGAGCGGCGGGAGGAGCAGACUGACACCUCGGACGGGGAAUCUGUGACCCAUCAUAUCCGCAGGCUCAACCAGCAGCCUUCCCAGGGGCUGGGUCCACGAGGCUACGACCCAAAUCGAUACCGGCUGCAUUUUGAACGGGACAGUCGGGAAGAGGUGGAGAGGAGAAAGAAAGCUGCCCGGGAGCAAGUGCUACAGCCUGUGAGUGCUGAGGUGUUGGAGCUGGACAUCAGGGAAGUCUAUCAGCCUGGCUCGGUUCUGGACUUUCCCCGACGUCCUCCUUGGAGCUAUGAGAUGUCCAAGGAGCAGCUGAUGAGCCAGGAGGAACGGAGCUUCCAGGAGUAUCUUGGGAAGAUCCAUGGAGCUUACACUUCUGAAAAACUUAGCUACUUUGAGCACAAUCUGGAGACAUGGAGGCAGCUAUGGCGGGUGUUAGAGAUGUCUGACAUUGUCUUGCUCAUCACUGAUAUCCGACAUCCAGUUGUGAAUUUCCCACCAGCACUUUAUGAGUAUGUGACUGGAGAACUUGGGCUGGCCCUGGUGCUGGUCCUGAACAAAGUGGAUUUGGCUCCGCCAGCUCUCGUGGUUGCCUGGAAGCAUUAUUUCCACCAACACUACCCCCAGCUCCACAUCGUCCUUUUCACAUCUUUCCCUCGGGACCCCCGCUCCCCACAGGACUCUAGUAGUGUCUUAAAGAAGAGUCGGAAGCGGGGAAGAGGAUGGACUCGGGCCCUGGGUCCAGAGCAGUUGCUGAGAGCCUGUGAAGCCAUCACUGCGGGGAAAGUGGACCUGAGCAGCUGGCGGGAGAAGAUGGCCCGGGAUGUGGCUGGGGCCACCUGGGGUAAUGGUUCUGGGGAGGAAGAGGAAGAAGAGGAUGGGCCAGCAGUCCUGGUGGAGCAGCAGACUGAUUCAGCAAUGGAACCAACCGGCCCAACCCGGGAGCACUACAAAGAUGGUGUGGUGACCAUCGGCUGUGUGGGUUUCCCCAAUGUGGGAAAGUCCUCACUCAUCAACGGGCUGGUAGGGCGGAAGGUUGUGAGUGUUUCCAGAACUCCAGGCCACACCCGCUACUUUCAGACCUACUUUCUUACUCCCUCUGUGAAGCUCUGUGACUGCCCUGGCCUCAUCUUCCCCUCUCUUCUUCCCAGGCAAUUGCAGGUUCUGGCAGGGAUCUAUCCCAUCGCCCAGAUCCAGGAGCCUUACACAGCUGUGGGCUAUCUGGCCUCCCGCAUCCCUGUGCAGGCCCUGCUCCACCUGCGCCACCCAGAGGCUGAGGACCCCUCAGCCGAACACCCUUGGUGUGCCUGGGACAUCUGUGAAGCUUGGGCAGAGAAACGUGGCUACAAGACAGCCAAGGCAGCUCGAAAUGAUGUCUACAGAGCAGCCAACAGCCUCCUGCGGCUGGCCGUGGAUGGCCGCCUCAGCCUGUGUUUUCACCCUCCAGGCUACAGCGAACAGAAAGGCACCUGGGAGUCCCAUCCAGAGACCAUGGAGCUGGUGGUAUUGCAGGGCAGGGUGGGGCCGGCAGGUGACGAGGAGGAGGAGGAGGAAGAGGAAGAGCUGAGCAGCUCCUGUGAGGAGGAGGGAGAGGAGGACCGCGAUGCAGAUGAGGAGGGGGAAGGGGAUGAGGACACCCCGACCUCGGCUCCAGAGUCCAUCCUGUCCGCCCGAAACCCUUAUGCCCUGCUGGGUGAGGAUGAGUGUUGAGUCCCCACACUGCCUCAUCUUCCCCACCCAAUAUCUUUGCUUUUGGACUGACCUGGGAGUAUCUCCCCUCUGCUGCCCCAAUUGUGAAUAAAGAUUGUCUGCUUUGUA